AUGUCCGACAUCAAGAUUGAGGAAGGUGCCCUUGGCAAGACGGACGGCCUCUUUGGCAAGAGCUUCCCAUAUUUCACCACCCUCCCCUUCAAUUCCGCCGUUUGCGAGUCAACAGUCGUGGACUCGUUCAAGGCUAUCAGACGGAAGAUCGUCGACAUCGUCGACAACGAUCUAGUCGAUAUCGAAGACAUCGUCUUUCUUUACUGGGACGCCACAAUGGAGCGACAGACUUUCAUUGAGUACAACAUGAUGCGCGAGCUGUGCGAUUGUCGGCACGUAGAUGUGCAGCUCUCGCCGUCCAACUAUGCCAACCAGCGAAAGCCUGGCGAACGAAAGAAGGCCGUGAAGGCCCUCUACGACUGGGGCCUUACCGACCCUCUUCGCCGCAACGGCAAGACGGUGCAUCUUGCCCACAAUUAG